GGAUCGGUAUUGCAAUUGGGAUUCCCGAAAAUUUCGGUUUGGGAAUCGGGACAAGGGUUUCGGUAUGGGAUCCCAUACCGAACCACCCCUAAUUCUUAUACCCUAAUAAUUUUCUAGGGUUUUAGUCUGCGUGUUCCAAAGGCCAGUUCUCCAUCUAGGGUUUUGCCUGCGCUUUAAUUCCAUCAUCUAAAGAGUAAGGAGGGAUUCGGAAUUUCAUUCGACUGCUCAGGAAUCCCAAUUCUUCAUCGUCAAGCAUGUCGUCUUUAAGGAACGCCGUUAGCCGACGGGCUCACAAGGAGCGAGCUCAACCGGAAUCGAGGAAAAAAUUUGGGCUUCUUGAAAAGCAUAAGGACUAUGUUGAGCGUGCGAAAGCAUAUCACAAAAAGGAGACUUUACGGAUACUGAAGCAGAAAGCCUUCUACAGAAACCCAGAUGAGUUCAACUUCAAGAUGAUCAAGACACGAACUGUUAAUGGAGUCCAUAAAUUAGAGAGUCAGGCAAACAAGUACACUCCAGAAGAGCUCAUGCUUAUGAAGACCCAAGAUAUUGGAUACAUAUUUCAGAAAGUGCAGAGUGAGAAAAAGAAAAUUGAAAAGUUAACUGCGACACUGCACUCUCUUGAUAAUCGGCCUUCAAGUAGACACGUUUACUUUGCCGAAGACAGAGAGGAGGCUAGAGAAAUUCAAUCACGUUCAAGAAGUGGAAAAAUGCCAGUUUCUGAGGACAUUCCUGAUCAUAUAAAAAGGAAAACAGCUGGUUCCUACAGAGAGCUCGAAGCAAGGAGUAACAGAGUCAAUGAGUUGGAGAAAAUCUAUAUGGAUAUGGCAAUGCAGAAGGAAUUAAAGAAAAAGGGUAAAAAACGCAAACUAUGUGAAGAUGAGAUUGUCUCCCCAUCAUCCAACCUUGUAUUCAAGUGGCGGGCAGAGCGGAAGCGUUAAAAAGGAAUGAGCCUGCUAGUGACAUCUAGGCCCUGGAAAAGAAGAAGUACGGACCUUAUGUACCGGAAAUUUUGUCAUCGUUAUGAAUUUUUAAAGUUGUGAAGACUGUUGGAGUAUGAUAAUUAAACUGAAACUUUCUACCGAGUAGUGACCACUUGAUCUCUGACCA